AUGCCGCCCAUGUACCAUGUCCCGCAGGUUACGGACAAGACCACCAAAGAACUAGAGCUGGAGAAAUUCCAAAUGUCAUUAGCGGCAUUGGCGGGUGGCCUGCUGCAAGGCCACCUCAGCCUCAGCCUAGUGAGCCUGAGCCACCCCGAGGAGCCGAUGACUUCAGCCGAGAAACGUAUCUGUGCGCUGAAACAGAGUUCAUAUCCAGCUCCGACAUUGUUCUUGCAAUGGGCACCGAGAAUAAAGGACUUCUCGGUUCUGAAGGUCCUUAAAGGAAGAGCGAUUGAAGAUGUCUUUUUCUUGUCCCCAGACCUGAAGUAG